AUGACGUGCUACGAAACGUUGAGAGCUCCGGCACCCGCCGCGGACGCCCCCAUGGCGCACCACUUUGUCAAGUGGUGGCGCAACAAGUUUAGAAAUGGAUACAAGAAAUUUAGCAUCGGUACGGAGAGCGAGCGUACUGACACUGAAGAGCUGGUGGGCCGAGCAGCGUCGCAGUGCUCAGCGCCUCCGGACCUGCUUCCCAGUGAAGCCCGGGCACUGCUUCAACCUGCCUCUCCACCGCCAAUACCAGCUCGAGCACAGGAACAUGCUAGAAUACCGCCUUCUUCACGGACAACUGACUUGCAGGACGACAAGCAACCAAGACUACGGUUUGAGGAGUUGACGUGCGACGUGGAGCUGAAGCAUCCUGAGCCGUCUAAACAACAGCCACUUCAGUUCUCCUUCACACUGUAUGACCUCGACGGACACGGUCGCAUGACUAAGGAUGAUAUUGCUGGUAUCGUGUCUACAAUAUACGAGUCGAUUGGAAAGUCAGUCACGGUUCCCCACUAUGGAUCGAAAACGAUUCAAGUGCGAUUAACGGUCGUACCCGAAGAUGGGAGGACGCGUGGUGAGCGCGACAGGCGGGAGGGGAGGAGAAGACGCCGGCAGGAACAAAAUCAAAAUACAGCCCCGCCCGAAUGCGCGGAUAACAGUGAAGAUGAACACGGGAGACUUUCGUUCGACGAUGAUGCGUCAUCCAAAUCCUCCUGUUCUGGAGACCGGAGACCGCAGCAAAGACCGGCGGCAACUCGUCACCGGAAUCAUCGGCAUCCAAGAAAAGAACACCGCGAACACAGGCACAUUAAGAAACGUUCAGGCAGCUUGCAAAGACGAGAACUCCUAGAAAUCAUUCAGGCUAACAUGGAAAAGAAUCACCUGAACUUUCAAACUUCAAGAAAGCCCAGUGACCCUGUAACCAAUGAUGAAGAGAUUACCAAUAAAUACCAUAAGCAUCGUAACAGAUCGCAUACUGUAAGCGAGAAGCCCGUGUACGCAUUCCAAAAAAUAAAGUCUGAAAAUUCUGGUAAUGGGUACCUAGAUUUAGCGAGCGGUGGCGAUUCAAAUCUGUGCAGGUAUGAUCGUUACCUCCACGCUGUCAUAUGCUCUUCGGCCCGACACGCGCACACGGGCUACCAUCAGAAGCAAGUGCAGCCAACGCGAACGCGAGCUCACGCCGUGAACAAGCGUUCUCGCUCGCAUGACCUCCCCGGUCAAACGCAACCCUUACAGCAACCGAGAGUGCUUCAAAUUAUAUUUUUAUAG